GGUUGAACUCGAGCCUUGCUAUCUGCAAGUGUAGUGUAGAUCAGUCUGCUUAAACGCCAUCAUCCUUCUUUGCAGGUCACGACCGGAUAAUAUUUGCCAAAUGGAAACUGGGAAGGAUUUUCAGGUGAACUGCAGUGCAAACGGAAAGCCAUCGUCAUUUCCAUGUGCAGCGUGUAAAAUUCUCAGAAGAAGAUGUGGAGUGAAUUGCGUUUUUGCUCCGUACUUUCCACCCGACAACCCUCACAAGUUUACUACUGCCCAUCGCGUCUUUGGAGCAAGCAACAUUAUAAAGAUGCUUCAGGAUCUUCCCAAUGAACGAAGGGCUGAUGCUGUGAGUAGUAUGGUGUACGAAGCGAAUGCAAGGUUGCGAGAUCCCAUAUAUGGGUGUGCAGGGACUAUACACCAGCUGCAGAGCCAAAUGUCACAACUUCAAUCUCAAUUGGCAAUAACACAAGCAGAACUUCUCAACAUGCGUUUGCAGCAAGCAAAUCUUCUCUCUAUUGUCUCCCUAUUUCGCACUUCAAAGCAGGAAGAGGAGCCUUUCUCUCCAGUUGAAACUGAAACUGAAACUGAACCAGAGCAAAGUGACAAAAAUGUAGACCAUUCCAUGGAUGUAUUUCAAGAUCAGAGCAACGAUACAUUCUCAAGUGGAUUGGAUCCGUUGAUGAUGUGGGAACCAUUGUGGAUAUAAGUCCAAAUGGUGUACUUUUUUUUCAAACAAAGCGCAAGCUAUGUAUCAGUGGAGUAGUAAGAAAUGCUACGUAAUUUCCUUGUUUUGCCAUGUAAAAUCAGCAUAAUCUAUGUACUAACAUCCUCCUAGUUUUAACGGGAUGCCAUCUUAUUAGCAGCGCUUAUAGCUCUGAUAAAUGGUUCCAAAGAACCGAACUAUUAACUUAAUCAUCUAUAAGAGAUGUAAUAAUU